AGUGGUCCCCCUACGGUCACUCUGAACCAUUAGUAAUUUUCAUUGGCAAAACAAAUGUUUAUUUCGUAGUAACCAAGAUGACGGAUUUCCAAUGGCCCUGGGAAUACACCUUCCCCCCCUUCUUUACAUUGCAGCCCCACGAAGAAACCAGACAGCAGCAGCUGAAGGUCUGGACAGAUCUCUUCCUCAAAUACCUCAGGCACACGAAUAGGUUUACGCUCAGCAUUGGGGACCAGAACUCUCCGCUGUUCCACAACGAAUCCCUGAAACGUCGCCUAUCGCCUGAGCUCGUCCUGGCGAUUCUGUCCGAACUGGAGCGAACUGGCCACGCGAAUCCGCUGGACAAGCGUCGUCAGGAGUGGCAGGUCUACUGGCACACGCUCGAAGAGUAUGGCAACAUGGUCUACGACUGGGUACAGGAAACCGGCCAGACGAACUCCAUCUGCACGCUCUACGAGAUCGCCUCCGGGGAGAAUACCGCCCAGCUGGACUUCCACGGCGUGGACGAGGCGGUGCUGCUCAGUGCCCUGCGCUUGCUCGAGGAGAAGGGCAGGUGUGAGCUCAUCGAGAUGGACGGCAGCCACGGCGUCAAAUUCUUCUAAGUGUCCAUUCUAUUUGUUAACCUUGUCUUGUCCAAGCACUGCGAAUUUCGUUUUCCCACAAUAAAAACAUAAUGUAAAUGUA